AUGCUGGCCCUCACCAUCGACACGACUAACAUGCCCGCCCUCGACAGCUUCCCCGACUACGUCGACCCUCUGGAUCAACAACAGCCACCACCCAUCAUGACUGCCGAAGCGAUCCCCAAGCCGAAGCCCCUGGCUAGACUCCAGUCCGACACCUCCGACUCCAGCAGGGGUCCCUCACCACAGCCCACCCACGUCGGUAUGCCUCUCCUGCCCCGCCUGGGCAGCGUCAACGGCAAUGGCCACCGCGUCCUCCGUUCGGCAACUGUGGGGUACAUUGCCCCCGAGUUCCAGGGCAAGGAGGAGCAGAUUGUUGUCGUCAAGGAAAUCAUCAGACAGCAGUCGUGGAUCCCCGAGCCUCUCAUCGACGAGCAGACUCACUGGUUCUACGAGAAGCUGGGCAUAGACGACGUCUUCUUCAAGAUCGAGUCCCCCUCGGCCAUUGCCAACCAGAUCACCUCUCUGUAUGCCGCCAAGGUGGCGGCGUCGGUCCGUGAGGAUAAGCAGGAGGAGAUCCGGCUGGACAUGGAGUCGAGCGACCACGCCAUCUACAUCGAUACGAGCGAGCCGGGCAAGGCCCAGGUGGCCGGCCACCGGUACGAGCAGCGGCUCGAGGCCAAGUACCUGGACCACCACGGCAACACAAAGUACCGGGUCGAGACGUUCCGGUCGCCGGCGGCCAUCGGGCACAGCCCCGGUUCCAAGACGUCGCUGCGCUGCUACUUCGUCUACCAGUGCCUGUUCAGGCAGAAGCCCGGCGAGACGGACCCCGACGAGACCCGGCUCGAGGUCAUCGCCGACAGCGGCUUCUGGCAGAAGGCCACGGACAACACCAAGCAGAUCUACCAGGACAUCAUCCUGCAGGCCGUGGGCCGGGCCGGCCCCGUCAUCGAGGUCUACGACAUCGAGGGCACGGCCGAGAAGCGGCUGGUGGUGGCGUUCCGGUCACGCACCGCGCGCGGCAUCUUCUCGGCCCUGUCGGACCUGUACCACUACUACGGCGUGACCAGCUCGCGCAAGUACGUCGAGCAGUUCGCCAACGGCAUCACCGUCAUGAGCGUGUACCUCCGGCCGGCCAUGAACCUCGAGGGCCACUACCCGUCGCUGGACCGGUCCAUCCACCAGAUCACGAAGGAGAUCUCCCUGCUGUACUGCAUCCCGCAGAACAAGUUCCACGACCUCUUCCUGACGGGGGAGCUGAGCCUGCAGGAGUCCGUCUACGCCAACGCGGCCUGGGUCUUCGUGCAGCACUUCCUCAACCGGCUCGGCGCCGAGUACACGUCGCUGUCCGAGCUGCUCAACGCCGGGGAGAGCCCGCAGGCGACGCUGCUCCUGUCCAAGCUCAAGCGCCGGCUGCGCACCGAGACCUUCACGCCCGACUACAUCCUCGAGAUCAUCCGCACCCACCCGGGCCUGGUCCGGCUCCUGUACGCGUCCUUUGCCAGCGUGCACCUGAGCGUGGGGCCCGACCUGGACAGGGACUACGUCGCGCCCACGCCGGCGGUCGAGGUGCUCUCGGACGAGAGGCUGCAGGACACCAUCUCCAAGACGGUGACCAACGAGCACGACGAGAUGGUCAUGACGGCCUUCCGGGUCUUCAACAAGGCCAUCCUCAAGACCAACUACUUCACGCCGACCAAGGUGGCGCUGAGCUUCCGGCUGGACCCGUCCUUCCUGCCGGCGGUCGAGUACCCCAAGCCGCUGUACGGCAUGUUCCUGGUGGUGGGCGGCGAGUUCCGCGGCUUCCACCUGCGGUUCCGCGACAUCGCCCGCGGCGGCAUCCGCAUCGUCAAGUCGCGCAGCAAGGAGGCCUACGCCAUCAACGCGCGCAACCUGUUCGACGAGAACUACGGGCUGGCCAACACGCAGCAGCGCAAGAACAAGGACAUACCCGAGGGCGGCUCCAAGGGCGUGAUCCUGCUGGACCCCGAGCAGCAGGACAGGCAGCGCGAGGCGUUUGAGAAGUACAUCGACAGCAUCAUGGACCUGCUCCUCCCCGCCGAGACGCCCGGGAUCAAGAACCCGGUCGUGGACCUGUACGGCAAGGAGGAGAUCCUGUUCAUGGGGCCGGACGAGAACACGGCCGACCUGGUGGACUGGGCGACGGAGCACGCGCGGUCCCGCGGCGCGCCCUGGUGGAAGUCCUUCUUCACGGGCAAGUCGCCGUCGCUGGGCGGGAUCCCGCACGACAAGUACGGCAUGACGACGCUGUCGGUGCGCGAGUACGUCAAGGGCAUCUACCGCAAGCUGGACCUGGACCCGAGCCGGGUGCGCAAGAUGCAGACGGGCGGGCCCGACGGCGACCUGGGCAGCAACGAGAUCCUGCUGGGCAACGAGAAGUGGACGUCGAUCGUGGACGGGUCGGGCGUCCUGGCAGACCCCAACGGCCUGGACCGGGACGAGCUGGUGCGGCUGGCGCGCAGCCGGUCGAUGAUCUCGGGGUACGACCUGUCCAAGCUGUCGGCGGACGGGUACCGGGUCCUCUGCGAGGACGGCAAGGUGCGGCUGCCGAGCGGGGAGGUGGUGACCAACGGGACGGCGUUCCGCAACACGUACCACCUCCGGGGCAGCGACGGCGCGACCGACAUGUUCGUCCCGUGCGGCGGGCGGCCCGAGUCCAUCGACCUGAUCUCGGUCAACCGGCUGAUCCGGGACGGCAGGUCGACGAUCCCGUACAUCGUCGAGGGGGCCAACCUGUUCAUGACGCAGGACGCCAAGCUCCGGCUCGAGGCGGCCGGCUGCAUCGUCUACAAGGACGCCUCGGCCAACAAGGGCGGCGUCACGUCGUCCUCGCUCGAGGUGCUGGCCUCGCUGUCCUUUGACGACGCCGGCUUCGUGGAGAACAUGUGCGUCGACGCCGAGACGGGCCGCGCGCCCGACUUCUACACCGGCUACGUCCGACAGGUGCAGGCCAAGAUCCAGGAGAACGCCCGGCUGGAGUUCGAGGCCAUCUGGCGGGAGCACGAGCGGACGGGGACCCCCCGCUCCGUCCUGUCCGACGAGCUGUCCUGGGCCAUCACGGACCUGGACGAGGAGCUGCAGCGGUCCGACCUGUGGCGGGACGACGCCAUCCGCAAGUCCGUCCUCCGGGACGCCCUCCCCGCCCUGCUGCUCGACAAGGUCGGCCUCGACACCAUCAUCAGCCGCGUGCCGGACUCGUACCUCAGGGCCAUCUUUGGGAGCUAUCUGGCCAGCCGGUUCAUCUACGAGUUUGGCAGUCAGCCUAGUAAAUUUGCGUUUUUCGACUUGUGA